GAACUAAGGCCUAAUCCCUCUCAGUAGACCUAUCAUAUAUUGAGACCGAAUUUUUCUGUUUGCAGUGAAAAUUAAACACGUAUUUUCAAACCAAGAAACGUUGUCAUGUAAUCGAAACAUAUAAUGAAAUAUUAAUUUUAUUAUUGUUCAUCAAACGGUACGUCAUAAACCGACUAAUUACAAAAGAAAUUAGUUACCAGUUAUAUAAGAUUAAAAUCGAUUAUGAAAUCAGUAUGUCACUAAGAUUGGUGAACUGCAGGAUCAUCACAAUGCUACGGAUAGCGCUGUUCCUGACGGUCGCGGCACUCGCGUGCCAUGCCGCUCCAAUCACUGACGACGAAGCUAUCGACCAACUAUACAAAAGUGUGAUCAUCGCCGACUACGAGACCGCUCUAUUACAAAGUAAAAAUCUCGUGAACGAGCAAAGGGGCAUGAUCAUUUCGAAAACUGUUGACAAACUGCUUGAAAAGGACCCACAGGAGGUUAUGUAUUACGGGUACUAUCUGUUUAACCACGACGCCCAAGAUAUCGUCAAGAAUUACUUCCCACUCGAAUUCAGGAUGAUCUUCAGCCAGCUUACCGUCAAGCUCAUCAACAAGAAAUACAACAUGGAGCUCAAAGUGGGACUCAAGACUGAUUCCGACGGCGAAAGGACCGUGUAUGGUGAUAGCGGUGACGUUGGCAAUAGGGCAGUCUGGAAAUUCAUGAAUGUCGACGCAUCGGACAAGAAAGUCUACUUUAAAAUCUACAACCCUAGCGAUAACCAAUUUCUGAAAUCCGGAAAUUCAGCUGAUAGAUUCGAUGAUCAUCCGAUUUACUCUUCUACUAAUUCUGACACUUUCAGACACCAGUGGUAUCUUGAGCCAGUGGUGUUGGAUAACGAGAUCCUGUUCUACGUAAUCAACCGGCAGUACAGCCAGCCCCUGAAGCUGGCCCAAUCCACGGACUCGGAUGGUGACCGUCAGGCGUAUGGCCACGGCGGAGAUCCGUCUGGCGCUCCUGAACGCUUCGGAUGGAAGAUUGAACGUAGCUAAACAAUUCGAUUAUUUGGAAAAAAAAUUAAUUGAAAUAAAUGGCUGAUUCAAGCA